ACAAGAUGGCGGCUCCCAGGGAGGAGGCAUGAGCGCCCUGCCGUUACCGCUCCUCCUGCCGUACAGUUGCCACUUCGGGGCCUAACUCUACCUCUUUGGAGCGGCUCCUGUGGGAAGGAGUCAUAAGGAGGGAAGCGAGGAUCGGACGCUGCCUUGCGUUUGGUUUGCAGUGGAAGAACUGACCCAGGAGGAAGAGAAUAGGGGGGAAGGGGGAGCUUGUCUCAAGAUGGCGGCUCCCAGGGCGGCAGGCUCAGCCUGAGCCGCAGAGGCGGACUAAGGGGAGAGCUUCGAGACCUCACGAGCCGUACGGCGUGGGCCUCCGAGCAGCCGUCGAGAAUUCGGGCUCGGUCCACUGGCCUCUGGCGCGACUCUAUUCCUUAAGAGUGUCGAGGCUGUUUCGGGAGCGGCCGCUGCACUAAGCGCUGGGCGGGGAAGCGGGACGGUCUCAAGAUGGCGGCUCCCACAAUUGUGGUCUGAGCGCCGGCGGGGCUGGGACGACCGCGGCGCUUGUGGCUGCUUUCCACCCGCCCCGGAAGCCGGCCAGUGCAGGGGACUUGGGGGGUGUGGGAACCGGGCCGGGGCUCCGCCAUUUCCGGCGGGGGAGGGCUACGACUGAGGAAGGGAGGAGAGAGAGGCGGCUCAAGAUGGCGGCUCCCAGGGCCUCCCGCUCGAGCUUGUAAGUGGGAGCUCCCAGGCAAGGAGUCAGGGCGGCGGGACUCGGCGGCCUCCAGCUUCUCGGGCCCAGGCGCUCGGCAGUUUCAGGAGGCUCUUGAGGAGACGGGGUGAGCAAGAAGAAGGGGAAGAGCAGAAGGGAAGGAGAACAGUUAAGAUGGCGGCCUCCAUGGAGCCGUCCACCGCUGUGUGAGGAACCGCUUCUCCGUGAGAGCCGUCUUAGACUAAAGGGGGUGUGUGUGAGUGGAAUUGGGGGGCUCCCUUCUCGCUUGGUGACUUUUUUCCACCGCGCCCUUUCCCGGAACUAUGGCUUCGGCCGUGUCACCCGCCAACUCGCCAGCGGUGCUCCUGCAGCCUCGCUGGAAGCGAGUGGUGGGCUGGUCGGGUCCAGUACCCCGGCCCCGCCACGGCCACCGCGCCGUGGCCAUCAAGGAGCUCAUCGUGGUGUUUGGCGGCGGCAACGAGGGGAUCGUGGACGAACUGCACGUGUACAACACGGCGACCAACCAGUGGUUCAUCCCCGCCGUGAGGGGGGACAUCCCUCCAGGCUGCGCGGCCUAUGGCUUCGUGUGCGACGGGACGCGCCUGCUGGUGUUCGGAGGCAUGGUGGAGUACGGGAAAUACAGCAACGAUCUCUACGAGCUGCAGGCGAGCCGAUGGGAGUGGAAGAGACUGAAGGCAAAGACGCCCAAAAACGGGCCCCCUCCGUGUCCUCGGCUCGGGCACAGCUUCUCCCUCGUGGGCAACAAAUGUUACCUGUUCGGAGGUCUGGCCAACGACAGCGAGGACCCCAAGAACAACAUUCCCAGGUACCUGAAUGACUUAUACAUCCUGGAACUGCGGCCGGGCUCUGGAGUGGUAGCCUGGGACAUUCCCAUCACUUACGGCGUCCUGCCCCCGCCGCGGGAGUCGCAUACAGCCGUGGUCUACACCGAGAAAGACAACAAGAAGUCCAAGCUGGUGAUCUAUGGAGGGAUGAGUGGCUGCAGGCUAGGCGACCUCUGGACCCUGGAUAUUGAGACUCUGACGUGGAACAAGCCCAGUCUCAGUGGGGUGGCACCUCUUCCUCGGAGCCUCCACUCGGCCACGACGAUAGGAAACAAAAUGUACGUGUUUGGUGGCUGGGUGCCUCUCGUCAUGGAUGACGUCAAAGUGGCCACACACGAGAAGGAGUGGAAGUGUACCAACACACUGGCUUGUCUCAACCUGGACACCAUGGCCUGGGAGACCAUCCUGAUGGACACGCUGGAGGACAACGUUCCCCGGGCCCGAGCCGGCCACUGCGCCGUCGCCAUCAACAGCCGCCUGUACAUUUGGAGUGGGCGUGACGGCUACCGAAAGGCCUGGAACAACCAGGUCUGCUGCAAGGACCUCUGGUACCUGGAGACAGAAAAGCCACCGCCCCCGGCCCGGGUACAGCUGGUGCGAGCCAACACCAACUCGCUGGAGGUGAGCUGGGGGGCAGUGGCCACAGCCGACAGUUACCUUCUGCAGCUCCAGAAAUAUGACAUUCCUGCCACGGCUGCUACUGCCACCUCCCCCACACCCAAUCCAGUCCCGUCUGUGCCUGCCAACCCUCCCAAGAGCCCUGCCCCCGCAGCAGCCGCACCUGCCGUGCAGCCGCUGACCCAAGUAGGCAUCACGCUCCUGCCCCAGGCUGCCGCCGCGCCCCCGACCACCACCACCAUCCAGGUCUUGCCGACGGUGCCCGGCAGCUCGAUUUCCGUGCCCGCUGCAGCCAGGACUCAAGGUGUCCCUGCUGUGCUCAAAGUGACUGGUCCUCAGGCUACAACGGGAACCCCGUUGGUUACCAUGCGACCUGCCAGCCAGGCUGGGAAAGCCCCCGUCACUGUGACCUCCCUCCCUGCAGGCGUGCGAAUGGUUGUGCCUACGCAGAGCGCCCAGGGCACGGUCAUCGGCAGCAGCCCGCAGAUGAGUGGCAUGGCCGCCUUGGCAGCAGCGGCCGCCGCCACCCAGAAGAUCCCUCCGUCCUCGGCGCCCACGGUGCUGAGUGUCCCAGCUGGCACCACCAUCGUCAAAACCGUGGCCGUGACGCCUGGCACCACCACGCUCCCAGCCACCGUGAAGGUGGCUUCCUCGCCUGUCAUGGUGAGCAACCCAGCCACUCGCAUGCUGAAGACCGCGGCUGCCCAGGUGGGGACGUCCGUCUCCUCUGCGGCCAACACAUCCACCCGUCCCAUCAUCACCGUGCACAAGUCGGGGACUGUGACAGUGGCCCAGCAAGCCCAGGUGGUGACCACGGUGGUGGGUGGGGUCACCAAGACCAUCACCCUGGUGAAGAGUCCCAUCUCCGUCCCCGGAGGCAGUGCUCUGAUUUCCAAUCUGGGCAAGGUGAUGUCUGUGGUGCAGACCAAGCCAGUUCAGACCUCCGCCGUCACGGGCCAGGCGUCCACAGGCCCGGUGACUCAGAUCAUCCAGACCAAAGGGCCCCUGCCAGCCGGGACCAUCCUGAAGCUGGUGACCUCCGCAGACGGCAAGCCCACCACCAUCAUCACGACCACGCAGGCCGGCGGGGCAGGCACGAAGCCCACCAUUCUUGGCAUCAGCAGCGUGUCCCCCAGCACCACGAAGCCGGGCACCACCACCAUCAUCAAGACCAUCCCCAUGUCAGCCAUCAUCACGCAGGCGGGCGCCACGGGUGUGACCAGCAGUCCUGGCAUCAAGUCGCCCAUCACCAUCAUCACCACCAAGGUGAUGACCUCCGGAACCGGAGCCCCCGCCAAGAUCAUCACUGCCGUGCCCAAGAUCGCCACCGGCCACGGGCAGCAAGGCGUGACCCAGGUGGUGCUGAAGGGCGCGCCGGGCCAGCCGGGCACCAUCCUCCGCACCGUGCCCAUGGGGGGCGUCCGCCUGGUCACCCCCGUCACCGUCUCCGCAGUCAAGCCGGCUGUCACCACAUUGGUUGUGAAGGGCACCACAGGCGUCACAACUCUGGGCACAGUGACAGGCACGGUCUCCACCAGCCUCGCCGGAGCCGGGGGCCACAGCACCAGCGCCUCCCUGGCCACGCCCAUCACCACCCUGGGCACCAUUGCCACUCUCUCGAGCCAGGUGAUCAACCCCACUGCCAUCACUGUGUCGGCGGCGCAGACCACGCUGACGGCGGCCGGCGGCCUCACCACGCCCACCAUCACCAUGCAGCCCGUCUCGCAGCCCACCCAGGUGACUCUGAUCACAGCCCCCAGCGGGGUCGAGGCCCAGCCCGUGCACGACCUCCCGGUGUCCAUCCUGGCCUCACCCACCACGGAACAGCCCACGGCCACCGUCACCAUUGCCGACUCGGGCCAGGGCGACGUGCAGCCUGGCACCGUGACCCUGGUGUGCUCCAACCCGCCCUGCGAGACCCACGAGACGGGCACCACCAACACGGCCACCACCACCGUCGUGGCUAACCUCGGGGGGCACCCCCAGCCCACCCAAGUGCAGUUCGUCUGUGACAGACAGGAGGCCGCCGCUUCUCUCGUGACCUCCGCGGUGGGGCAGCAGAAUGGCAGCGUGGUCCGAGUCUGCUCCAACCCGCCGUGCGAGACCCACGACACGGGCACCACCAACACGGCCACCACUGCCACCUCCAACAUGGCCGGGCAGCACGGCUGCGCCAACCCGCCCUGCGAGACCCACGAGACGGGCACCACCAGCACGGCCACCACCGCCAUGUCGGGCCUCGGGGCCGGCCAUCGGCGAGACGCCCGGUUGGCCUGUGCGGCCGGCACCGUGCCCGCCGCCGCGGUCCGGGUCGGCGUGGCAGCUGGCGCAGCUGCUGGCGCCGCAGAGGGCGCCCAGGGCGCCGUCAAGCCCUCGUGCCAAACCCGCCAGACCAGCGCCACCAGCACCACCAUGACUGUGAUGGCCACUGGGGCCCCGUGUCCUGCUGGUCCGCUCCUCCGACCCAGCCUGGCCCUGGAGGCCGGCGGGCACGGCACCACCCUGGUGCAAUUAGGCCCCGUGAGCGCCCAGGUCAGAGCCGGCAGCCUGGGCGGCGAGGACAGCCCCCUGGCCGGCCUGGGCUCGCUGGUGUCUGUGGGGCGCCCGCUGGAGGCACACCGCAGCCACACGACCAGCACCCCCGCUGCGGCCUGCACUGACCUGGGCGCUGGGGAGCCUGGCGAGGCGCAGGGCACCCCCGUGCUCGUGUACGAGAGCUCAGCCGGCCCCGCCGUGACUGCAACAGCUCUGGAGGCGCUGCUGUGCUCCUCGGCCGUCGUGACCCGGGUUUGCUCCAACCCGCCUUGCGAGACCCACGAGACGGGCACUACCCACACGCCCACCACCGCCACGUCGGGCGGGGGCGCGGGCCAACCAGAGGCUGGGCAGCAGCCCCCCGCCGGCCGCCCCUGCGAGACGCACCAGACCGCUUCCACUGGCACCACCAUGUCGGUCAGCGUGGGCGCCCUGCUCCCCGACGCCGUGCCCGCCCACAGGACCCCGGAGUCCGGCUUGGAGGGGGCACCGUCCCCCACGGUCACUCCCCAGGCCGCCGCUUCGUUGCUGGCUCCCUUCCCGACGCAGAGGGUCUGCUCCAACCCCCCCUGCGAGACCCACGAGACGGGCACCACACACACGGCCACCACCGUCACCUCCAACAUGAGCUCCAACCAAGAUCCCCCACCACCUGCCAGCGACCAGGGAGAGGUGGAGAGCACCCAGGGCGACAGCAUGAACAUCGCCAGUUCCAGUCCCAUUGCAACGACGGGGUCCUCCACGCUGACGCGGGCUGUGACCACCGUGACACAGUCCACACCGGCGCCCGGCCCUUCGGUGCCGAAGAUCUCAUCAGUGACUGAAACUACCCCAGGGGCUCUGACCACCGAAGUCCCCAUCCCGGCCACGAUAACAGUGACCAUAGCCAACACAGAAACUUCUGACAUGCCCUUCUCUGCUGUUGACAUCCUGCAGCCCCCAGAGGAGCUCCAGGCCUCGCCAGGGCCUCGCCAGCAGCUUCCGCCACGGCAACUCCUGCAGCCCGCCGCCACGCCCCUGAUGGGGGAGUCCGCCGAGGUGCUGUCUGCCUCCCAGACCCCUGAGCUCCAGGCCGCCGUGGAUCUGAGCAGUACAGGGGACCCGUCUUCAGGCCAGGAGCCUGCCACCUCGGCCGUGGUGGCCACUGUGGUGGUCCAGCCUCCCCCGCCCACGCAGUCCGAAGUAGACCAGUUGUCGCUUCCGCAAGAGCUGAUGGCCGAGGCGCAGGCGGGGACCACCACCCUCAUGGUAACGGGGCUCACCCCCGAGGAGCUGGCGGUGACUGCAGCUGCCGAGGCGGCCGCCCAGGCCGCGGCCACGGAGGAAGCCCAGGCCCUGGCCAUCCAGGCCGUGCUCCAGGCCGCACAGCAGGCCGUCAUGGCAGGCACCGGGGAGCCCAUGGACACAUCUGAGGCGGCGGCGGCGGUGACCCAGGCGGAGCUGAGCCACCUGUCGGCUGAGGGCCAGGAGGGUCAGGCCACCACCAUCCCCAUUGUGCUGACACAGCAGGAGCUGGCCGCCCUGGUGCAGCAGCAGCAGCUCCAGGAGGCGCAGGCCCAGCAGCAGCAGCACCACCUCCCCACCGAGGCCCUGGCCCCUGCCGACAGCCUCAACGACCCCACCAUCGAGAGCAACUGCCUCAACGAGCUGGCGGGGGCCGUCCCCAGCACCGUGGCCCUGCUGCCGCCCACGGCCACCGAGAGCCUGGCUCCAUCCAACACGUUUGUGGCCCCCCAGCCAGUCGUGGUCGCCAGUCCCGCGAAGCUGCAGGCCGCAGCUACCCUGACCGAGGUGGCCAACGGCAUUGAGCCCCUGGGCGUGAAGCCGGACCUACCACCCCCGCCCAGCAAAGCCCCCGUGAAGAAGGAGAACCAGUGGUUUGACGUGGGCGUCAUCAAGGGCACCAACGUGAUGGUGACGCACUAUUUCCUGCCACCCGAUGAUGCUGUGCCGUCGGACGACGACUCCGGCACUGUCCCCGACUACAACCAGCUGAAGAAGCAGGAGCUGCAGCCGGGCACUGCCUACAAGUUCCGAGUCGCCGGGAUCAACGCCUGCGGCCGGGGGCCGUUCAGCGAGAUCUCGGCCUUUAAGACGUGUCUGCCUGGCUUCCCGGGGGCCCCCUGUGCCAUCAAGAUCAGCAAAAGUCCCGAUGGAGCCCACCUGACCUGGGAGCCGCCCUCCGUGACCUCCGGCAAGAUCAUCGAGUACUCGGUGUACCUGGCCAUCCAGAGCUCGCAGGCCGGCGGCGAGCCCAAGAGCGCCGCCCCGGCCCAGCUGGCUUUCAUGCGGGUGUACUGCGGGCCCAGCCCCUCCUGCCUCGUGCAGUCCUCCAGCCUCUCCAACGCCCACAUCGACUACACCACCAAGCCCGCUAUCAUCUUCCGCAUCGCCGCCCGCAACGAGAAGGGCUACGGCCCUGCCACCCAAGUCAGGUGGUUGCAAGAAACCAGUAAAGACAGCUCCGGCACCAAGCCGGCCAGCAAGCGGCCCAUGUCCUCUCCGGAAAUGAAAUCCGCUCCAAAGAAGUCAAAGGCAGACGGUCCGUGAGAGGCCACCCGGCCCCGGAUUCCUCGCUGGCCCCUCCUGCUUCGGGAACGCCACCCGCCAGGGCCUGCCCGUCACCCACCCAGCGCUCGCCUCACCCUCUCGAGCCCUGGCUGCCCUUCUCCCUCCCUCCCUCUCUCUCUCUCUGUUUUUAAAAUGAUCUCAAGAAAGCACAUUUUACCGUGGCCGUGGGAGGAGGCGGAGGCGGGAAGAGCAGACGCCCUCAGAGGGCGGGACCGAGAAACUCGAAGGACGAAGGACACGCACAGGACACGGCAGGCGCCUCCGGAGCCUGCAGGCCUCUUGCUGUUCGUGACCCUUGGAUCCGGGGAGCGGCCAAGGCCCGAGGUGGGGGGGGGGGGCCUGGAAGCUGAGGAUGGGCGCCCCCAGCACCCUCCCGCCUCUGCUGCGAGAGGCUUUUCGGGGCAGCCAGCACCGGGUGUCUCUCUGGUCCGGCAUCUUUCUCUGUUGGCUGAGGUCCCACCACCAAGCGGCCGCCCCUGCCCAGCAGUCCCCGGGAAGCUGACGCCUUUGCUCAGAGGCCUUCGUGCUCCCCCUUUUCCUCUGCCCUCUUCUUCCCCAUUUAAAGAGAGAGAGAGAGAGAGAGAGAAGAAAAAGAAGGAGGUGGCGAAGGAGCCCCGCGGGGCCGAGCCGUGUUCUGUGAAAGCCCCCGGCCCCCGGCGCUGAGCCGCCCGCACCCAGCCUGGCCUCGGCCGCAUCACCAACUGCUGCAUUUGUUGUAUUUUUUUAAGUUGAAAUUGAUGAAGUUAACAUUUUUAUUGUAAUUUUAGCCUUAGCGUGUGGGGUUUUGUCCCUUUUUUUGUUGUUGUCGUUAGCUGUGUACAGAAUGUGUAUCUUUUUUUUCUUCCAUUUUUUUUCUCCUUGGCUAAGCCUUGGCAGGGAUCUUUCUGGAGGAGAAGCUGGUGGCAGCCAGGCCAGGAGAGGCACGGAACCUCCCCUGUGGCUCUGGUGUGUGCCGCCCAGCCGCUUUGUUCUGGUGGGCCCUGCCCUCUGCCCCUUUGCCUGUCCCCGGGCCUCUGGGACGAAGGAGGGCGCUUGCUCCACACCCGGAGCCCUGAGCUGGAGAGGCCGCCGGAGCCCGAAGCCGGAUGUCUGAGGAGGAUGGGCCCGAGGUGGGGGCCGGGGCCUGGUCCCCAGGCCUGGGUCAUAGCGCACUCCCUGGCUCCUAUGACCGGCUUAGAGCAUGUGACACCCAUGGCUGCGGCUUCCUGCAGCCACCCCCUCACGGCAAAGCUGGUGCGGGACGGAGGGGCCUCGGCCUCAGAGGCGGCCUGGGAGGGCCGGUGGUGUGGUGCCACCCAUUCUAUGAAUUUGCAGUGCGGUCCCCAAGCUGGGGCCAGACUUGGCCGGGGGGGGGGGGGGGCUUGGGGCUCUGCUUGGAGUGGCUAGCAAGGCAGCUUUCUGCCCCAAGCCCAAGCUUUGGGCAAGGAGCCAGGCUUGCGAGCAGGUCGCACAGAAGAAAGAAUUUAAAACGAGCAGCCGAUAUUUUCAAAACCCGUUUCUCUGCCCUGGAGAUGCAGUUGUGGCUGGAGGGACCCCAGCCUCUUCAAGCCCCCACCCCAGCCCACGCCCUCUGGGGCCUCUGGUUGGUUGUAUUAUAGUAUAUUUCGCUGUGGAAAAAUGUCACGUUUAGUCACCUUGGAGCCCGCUCGCCUGGUCCCGUCGUUUUCCUGUCCCUUUGAUCUCUCGUUCAUCUAUUGUAGAGUAACCCCUGUGACUCAAUAUUACCAUAGUGCGAUGUCGUUUUGUGCUAUUUUGAACAAUUAAAAAGACUUUUUUUGAAAUAA